ACCAUUUCUCUCCCUCCCUCUCUCUCUCUCUCUCUCUCUCUCUCUCAACUCACCCUUUUUUCUUUUCUGGACUCUGAUCCCAAAUUCAAGAUACCCACAUGAAGAAGUUCAUUCUGAAAUUGGAUUUGCACGAUGAUAAAGACAAGAGAAGGGCUUUGAAGAUCGUAUCUGCUCUUUCAGGGAUUGAUUCAAUCACCAUGAACAUGAAGGAAGGGAAGUUGACAGUUGUUGGAUCUGUCGAUCCAAUUACUGUUGUUAGCAAGCUCCGAAAGUUCUGGUCAACAACGAAUAUAAUAUCAGUAGGGCCAGCAAAAGAGCCAGAGAAGAAAGAGGAGCCGAAGAAGGAAGAACCAAAGAAAGAGGAAGGAAAGGCGGAGAAGAAGGAAGAGCCGAAGAAAGAAGAGGGCAAGAAAGAAGAGGGCAAGAAAGAAGAGUCGAAGAAGAAAGAAGAGGGUAAGGAGGAAGAAAAGAAACGUGCACUACCGCAGCCACCGGUCGGGAUGAUUACGCCUUAUAAUUAUAGACCAUAUUACCCUCCGGUUUACACCAACUACAACUACCAACCACAUCACCACAGCAUAGAGGAGAAUCCAAAUGCAUGCGUUAUUUGCUGAAAUACUUGGUGAUCAAGAAUACUUCCGUGAGCAACAUUUUUUAAAUGUAAAGCGGAAGUGCUAUAUGGAGCUAUACGUCAUGCACUGAGAGUUGUAUAUUGCUCGGGAUUCAUCAUUCUGGUGAGGGAUUCUCUUAAUUUUUCGGUAGUCGUGAAUAUGCAUGAUCUUGGUGCAAAAGUGAAGGCAAGAAACGACUAGAAAGCAAAAACGCUUUCUAUUUUUUUCUUUUAUAUAAAAAGAAGGGUAUGGUUGUU